AUGAAUCCUACCAUUUUCUUUGGUUGCCUAUUGGUUCUCACAGGAUGUCUUCUUGGAAGAGGAAAUGCCGAAGGGGACGAUGAGUUCACUAUUGAAAAACAACGCUUACUUCAUGUGUAUGGCAAUUCUACGGUUUCUGAAGCCACUCGGUUUAGAAAUGUCGACGAGCUAGUCAAUUUCUAUGACAAAUACUCGUCUUCCCUCGUGUUGCCAAAUCAUUUUAAAGAACGUGCCGAAGAUAUCUUCAAGAGGUAUAAGGAGCAAAAUUCUCGUGCUGUUCAAGUGGAUGGUGUUCCGGCUCAAGGAGGAUUCUGGAAGCCUCUGCUCAAGUAUCUCAUUGUGCAGCUGGGCGUGGAACUUGCCUCUGAGGGAAUCAAACGUGCUACAGAAUCUUAA